CCCUCACUCUCUCUCUAUCUUUCUCUCUCCUCCUCAUCAAACAAACUGCAACUCCCCUUUAACUUUCUCUCUCCUUUUUUUUUUCUCUCUCUUUUUCGUGCUCAGCUGAAGUUCAUCGUCAAAUGUUGGGCGGAGGAUAAUCAUUUUUUUUUGCCCUAAGUUUAACUGGGUUUUGCUGGUUUGUUUGUGGUUUUUGUUUUGUUUUAUUGGGAGAUGAACAACGAACGGCCGCCUGAGCCUUUAGAUUUCUUCAUCUGGACUGUUGAGGAUGUUGGUAUGUGGUUGGAAGAAAUAAAUCUUGGUAGCUACCGCCAAAUUUUCAAGGAAAAUGGUGUUAAUGGCGAGUACUUGGAGAGUAUGUCCAUGUUUACAACAGAACAAAUACUUAGGUUUAUUAGGCGCUGCCAUAUGAAAUGGGGGGACUUCAUCACACUUUGCAAGGAAUUGAGGCGAAUAAAAGUGGCUUGCUUGAAAGGGGAGCAAAAGGUUCGUCGGCCAUGGUGGGCCCCUUCCUGCUUGUCUGUAGUCUUUGUCAAGGCGGCUAAACGCAACAGACAGUCGCGUGUUGUAUCACUAAAGCUCGAACCAUGAUAGUAGAUGGUACAUCUUGUACGUAUAUUUUACACAUUUUGCUUAGUGAAAAAAGGAUGAAGAACAAGGAAAAUAUCACCUUGAUGUCUUCAAGUUGAGCAUAGUGUUGCAUCAGUUCUUCUUUGGGAAUCACUUUCAAGGAAGUUCUCUAUAAAUGUUGGUGAUUUGUAGAUGUAUCAUUUGUAUGUAACUAAAGAAGUAUGAUAAUGGUUGCGAGGCUUCUCGAUAAAUCAAAUGUAAACUCUCUGACGGAAGAAACCCAUACUAGUUGGCCAUACUAUGGUGAUUGUAUUCCUUGCACUUGUGCCUUGGUCUAUUGUUUUUUCUUUUGGUUC